AUGAAAUACACACCUACUGCAAUUCUGACCACUCUCGUUGCCUUCACUGCUGGUGCUCCAGUAAGCCUCAAUCCUCGAGCUGCGAACGAGAUCUUCGUUGCUUCCAAAGGUGACGCCAAUAACAUAUUCGAUGGAAUUGGAUACGGCGCAGACGCUUAUCAUAUCUAUACUGGUGACGGCUCGUCAGCUGCUGGUUGGCCAAAGAUGUCUCAAUGGGUUUCAUUUCAGCAAAUGUUCGACACGAAUGCAAAUACCAUGAAAACAGCCUGCACCAACCUCGGUAUGGCAUCUGGUAGUGAUACUACCGACAACGAGAUCGCCCACAUUUACCAAGCCAUUCAAUCAGUCGCAGCUGUAACCGGCGUCGACCAUCGCUUCGUCCUGGCAAUUCUAAUGCAGGAGUCCCUCGGUUGCGUUCGCGUAUACACCACCAACAACGGAGUCGCUAAUCCAGGUCUCAUGCAAGGUCACGCAGGCGCUCAUACCUGCAAUCCAGCCCCUAAAGGUGUAUCAGGCAGCAUGACAUUUCCUUGUCCUUACGACCAAAUUCAAGGCAUGAUACAAGAUGGUGUCGGAGGCACACAGGCAGGCGCUGGCUUGGCAGGCUGCUUGAACGACGUCGUGGCUGCAGCCCAGGCUGCUGGUGCUACUGGUAUGGACGGGAGCAACUCGCAGGUCUACUAUCAAGCAGCAAGGUUCUACAACAGCGGAAGCGUGGACACUACCAAUUUAGAUAAUGGCUUCAGCAGUACGAAUUGCUAUGCCAGCGACAUCGCCAAUCGAUUGACUGGAUGGAGGACCGUGAACAAGACCUGCUAUUUGGAUGGCUGA